GUGGGUGUGUGUAGGUGCAUAGCAUUUUCACAUUUCCUGUGCAGCAGACUAUCUCUUAUUUGUUCUUGAUCUGCCGCACACUAUGAAGUUAUCCAUGCAACAUUCACUUAUUACUGACACAUAAAAUAUUCUACCAUUAGUCCACACAUGGCCUCAACAUCAGGGCACUACAAGUUCUGACAUGAAUACUGAAGGGAAGCUACAUUCUUUUAUGAGCAACUGAAUCUUUCUCUUGGCUGAGGAAUUGGCUAGAUUUUGACUGCUUGAAGAAUAGUGCAAUGGGUCUUUGUAUGCCAGUGUUAAAAGUGAAGGGUGGAAUUCCAAUUAGUCGUCCUUCAAGGUGUGAGGCGGAUUAACAUUUGUGUCAGUGUUUGACUUUCAAAUUUAGCUUUCUGAAGUGAUUGAAGCAGAGGAAUUAUUUAUACUUUUAAGGGAGGACACCCAGCCCAAUAAAACCAGAAAGGAUCCCUGAAGCAUUACACUUUUCAGAAUGAACAUUGCAAGGUCUCUUUGAAGCAGCAACACAAGAGGCAUCCUGCUUCAUCCACAUCAAACAACAGAAAUCAAGAUGGAAAAUAUGUGUUUUCUUUUAUUGGAAAGUCUGAGAACAAAAGGCUGCGGAGAGCAGACUGGCACUGUCUCGUUCUUAUCUAACUGAGGUUGCAAAAGGCCUUUUUGAGUCAGUGCCAGCACAUAAAGAGCAAACAAGUGAGAGCUUGUUGCAGUCAAUCAUGGCAGCAAUUUGCUCACUGUUGUGGUUUUGCAAGGGGGAAUUCUCCUGCCAAAGAUGUGAUCUAAAGAAUGUGCAGAACCAUAUUAGCUGAAAAGAACAUUGGAUACAUGAUAGGCAGCUGGAGAAUAUGAAAAGACUUGAGAUGUUCCCUUCCAACAGAGAAGCAUGUGACAACGCCAAGCCAGAGACAAUGAGCCAAUUAACAGACAUAUUUGGAAAAGUACAGCUGAGGAUAUUAUGUUUCAGCUGAUUAGAAGUUAACUACUUUUGCCAAAAGCAGUCGGUAGCACCUGAGAAUUUCUGAACAUGAGAUGAUGAUAGCAGGAUUUACUGAGCUCAGAUUGUAAGAGAGAAAUUCUGAAAACAUAAAUUAUGAUUUUUAUGCAUGGAGUCACUCAUCACAUUUGCCAAAAUCACAAUUCAUAGAGGUGUCAAUUGUGCUUUAGGUUAGCUAUUACUGUGCAACAAAUAGAGGAAAAUGUGUGCAACUUGUUUUUUUAUGAGGUUUAAAAUGUAAGGUAAAAUAAAGAAAAUGCAUCAUUAUCUCAAUUAACACAUGAAACCCAAAUUUUAAUGCAUUUAUGUACAAAAAAUAUGAAAGUUUUCAGUUUUGAUGGUAUUUUUUUUUCUGUUGAUCACCUACAGAUUACUGGUUGGAGUUCAUUAAAGAAAAACUGGACAAUGUCAGUCAUUGACAUUGUCUUAUCAAAACACUGCAAUGGCAAAUUCUUGCAAACCAGGUUCAUUCAGAUAGAACAGCCAUUGUCAUUUUGAAAUUACUCAAGCAGACCCCCAGUCAUCUGAUUGCAAACGUAAUCAGUAGUCUCAUGUAGGCAAGUUGUUUGGCAGAGAAAACAGCAGCAAGUAUUCAAACUGUUUCUUGCAAAUGUGUAGAUGUUUAAUAUCCACCACUACUCUGCUGUAUCCCGUGGAUAUGAAUAUUUUCAUUUAGAAAUAGAUCAUAAAGUCAGUUAAGAGGAGUAGCUGUUGACCUUCAAUUGCUCUAAGACAGCAAGAAAGAAAAAUAUUUAUUUAUUCUAUCUGCCACCAGCCAAGAAACUUUUACUAAAUUAAUGACUUGUUUUGAAGACUAAUGUGCUAUAAUUAUAUAUCAUAGUCUUGAAUAAGGAGUUUAUGAACUCCUGGAGAGAGAUAGGAUGGCAAAGUACAGCUUCAGGGGGUAAGUUAUGUAGUGAAGAUGCAGACAUAAAGGAAACAAGAAUGAUAUUAUAUGUCAUAUAUUUAUAACAUAUGAAUGCAUUUUUUUUCUCCGAGUCUCAUUAGUUCUAAGCUACUGUUCUCAGUAGGUUUGAAAAACAUUGUGAAAUGUCACGGUGGCUUUCUGGAAAGAAAAUGAUGAAUAUUGUUCUUUCUGUUGACGGUGUGUUGCCAUUUAUGCUUCCCCCACCCCAAGAAAACAACUGAAAUUGUGUCUGACCUUUCAACACCUAUUUGAAGCUGAUGCAUUUCUGUCACACAUUUCCUCUAGAAAUGGUGGGCAAUGACAACAUUUAUCACACCCCGUGUUUCUCCUUAGCUUUAAAUCACCACCUCUCUGCAGGGCAACAGAAUGCCAUCAACUCCUCUGCACUUGGAUUGGUUUUCUGUUUGGGGAUGGCUUUUGUUUGAUAGGGUACAAACUGCAUUGCAGAGCACUAUAAGAACAAGUGUAGCAUAGACGUCAUAGGAAAACAGCCCUUAGUUUGUGAAACAUUUAUAUUAAAGGGAAAUUAAAUUAAUUGAAUAAUUUUGUGUGAUCUGUGGGAGAAUACAAAAUGGUAUCUUGUGCUUGUACAAAGUCUUGUCAUUAGAAAAAAAAUAUUUAUUUAUUUAUUUAUUUAUUUAUUUAUUUAUUUAUUUAUUUAUUUAUUUAUUUAUUUAUUUAUAUAAGGCAUUUCUAGAUAAAUGGAACUGUUGUGAAAAGGCAUCCGGCAGCGCCCUCCAGUGGUCUGAACGAGAGUAGCGCCUAACCUGCGUUUUAAAAUGUUUAAAAGUGAAAGAUCUUUUUUCACCAGCCAGGCAAUUCAAGAAAGUGGGAACUUUUACCAUUUACUGUCAAUGAAGGCGUUCAUGUUUAAGUUUUUCUGUCAAAAAAUGGUAGUAGAAGGGCACACGAGAGUAAAAGUGAAGCUGCUGUGAGCACUUCUCUCUUCUGGCGUCGACGUAUUAUAACCUCGACACAAUCAGGAAGUCCGGGCGUUUUUCCUCGGUGAUUGAGAUAGAAAACUUUGUUAGAAAGGGAAAGGGUCGGCUUUUAGCGAUUAGUUAUGAGGUGUCACAUCUUUUAAGGGUCGCCGAUCAUUCAUUGAUGUCGUUUAUUACACGGUUUUAAACACGUAACUCACUAUUUAGGUCGUCGUUGUUCACCCGGAACACCUGGAUUUUGAUUUAAGAGAGAUGGAUGUUUCUCACCUCACUGAAGAUGAAAUGGCAGAGAUAAAGAAAGACGUGCUGACUAGACUGCGGCAUUACCUCUGCGACAAGAUCAGAGCAGACCGCCACCUGGACUACCUGCGUUCCCGGAGGAUCCUGACCCGGGACGAUGCGGAGGAGAUAAGCUGCCGGACCACGCAGACCAAGAGGACGGCAACGCUUCUGGACAUCCUAGCUGAGAACCCUCGGGGUCUGGACGCACUGAUUGACUCCAUCCGGGAGAUGCGCUCCCAAAACUUCAUCAUCACUAAAAUCACAGACGAAGUGCAAAAAGCAAAAAACGAGAAGAUCGAGUCUCUCAGAGCUGCAGGGGCUUCCAGUUCGUCCUCUGACAGCAGCUUCAGCACUCUGACCACAACGACUGACCUCCCCAACACCUUUUCAAACAACUCCACCCUCCUGUUCCACCCAGAUGGGGAGCGAAGCCCUUCCACUUCAGACCUAGCCAGCUCUCUCAACGUGUCUUCGUUACAGAAGUGUGGAGACUUGCCCUCCGCAGCCGGGGCCAGCCUCGGUGUGGCACCCUCCUCAACCUCCUCCAGCCUCCCCAAGCCGGGGGACCCUGGGGCUCCUCCGCUGCCAGACGAGGUCAUGGCAGAGUCGCCCUCCAACAUAGACACCACGUCACCGGGGUGCACCAGCAGUGGAGGAGAUCCUAAUUUCCAGCCUCUCCGGUCGCGCUCGCUCACCCCAACAAUACACAUCCCUCAGUUCACUUCUCUGUAGGACACUUCUCAUCCAGGGACAGACCCUUUAACUCAAUAAGCACACCCAUUGUCUCUUCAAACUCAUGCCGUACAUCAUGUUUCACGAACAUGAUGUACAUGAAACUACACGUUACCACUAGGCAUGGGCCGCUGUGAGGUUCUCAUCAUGCUACCUACUCAAGCAUUUUGAAAUUUAUAACAUGAUCUAAGUACUUUGAUGUAAACAAAUAAUUUUGCCAUCAUAUGCUGCUAAAAUAAUGUAACAUGUUGAUGUUUUCUUCCUUGUUAUUUUGAUUUUUAAUACAUAAUCUUGGAUAGAAAUAUAGAAUAAACACCUGCUAAAAUUAGAUGUAGUUUUCAAGUGCUUAUGUUACACCUUUUUGCAGCUUUUACUUUUGUACAAGAGUGCAGUUUUAAAUCAUUUUUACUGUAAAGAGUGAUUCCCCACCAUGACCAGACAUGUUCUAUUGCCACUGAGAUCAUCUAAGAGCUGGCAAAUCUGGCUUUUCUUGCAAGCAGCCUUCCUUCAGCUAAAGGCAGUGAGCAGCAACAGGUGGGGGUGGGGAAACAAAUCUCUGCACUCAUAGCCUGAGAAAACCUGAUACACUCAAACACUUUAUCUGGUGUUAGAUUUAAAGGAUUUUGAAUUGAAGGAGAAGUCUGAUUACAAACUUUUGUCAUGUCUUGAUAGGAUUCCUUUACUUCUCACACCUUACAGGGCUCCUACACAGUCUUUAUCCCACUUUUUCACCUUCUUACAUUCUUGUGUCCUGUCCUUUAUUUCCUUUUUAUUUUUAUCCUUCCUGUUUUCUUCUUUUUCUUUGUUGUUUCCUCCCUCCCUUUUUGUAUCCCUCCUACUUUUUUUCUUCCAUCCUUGUGUCCUACCUUCCAUUAACGCUUCUACUUUCUUUCUUUUCUUCCCUGUACUUCUUCUCUCCCUUAUUUCCUCCCUAACUCCAUUAUAUCAUUCUUCCUUUCUUUAUUUCUUCCUUGAACCUUAGCGACUUUUGGCUUUACUCAGUCACCAAAAACUCAAGUUGCUCCUGCCGUUUCUCUGGCAGUGAAUCAAAAUAAUUUUAUUUGCAAUGUAGGAAUGGUAUGAUGGGAACUUUUAGCAGUUUUACAUACUAACUUUUGUAAAUAUCAACAGACUUUUAAAGCAGUACAUGGCCCAUGCCUAGAUAUAACUACUCCAGUCCAUGUUUUCAUAAUGAAAAUGAAGGUAUUUAGCCUUAUAAUGUGUGUGUAUUUUGGACUCUGGCACCACAAAAUAUAUUUUUUAAUAUGUACUGCUCAAAAAAAUAAAGGGAACA